GGCGCUCCGCUUCCUCGGGACCCGCUGGGGGCGCUUCGCGAGGACUUGGGGCGACGGCCAGGCCAGCAGGAGCCCCGCCUCCUCGGGGCCCGCUCUGGAGGGUCCUGGUAUCGCGUGUUGGGUGACGGGAGCCCCGCUCCUCGGGACCCGCUGUGGGGGCUUCCGGAGGCGGCGGCGCGGCGUCCACACCGUCAAGAACCCGGUCUUCUCAGAACCCGCCGCGGGAGGAGCAGGGAGUGUCCCGAGAACCAAUGAGUUCCCCUGCCUCUCUGUCCCGCCGGCCAUGCUGACCUUGACCUUCCUCCUCCUGGUUGCCACCUCCCUGAGUGCUCAGAAUGGAGGAGCCGGGGACCUGCCUUGUGGAGCUGAGUGUGCAGGCUGCGCACACGGGGCCCAGAAGCUGGGGACGCUGAGGUGGGCCCCAGGGGACACGGAGGCAGCCGCGCACCCGGCCACCGCUUCCCAACAGUCAGGGUGGGACGGCCCCUCCUGCACCGAAGACGUUUCCGUGUCCAGGGGCCAGUGCGCCGUGCUGUCCUGCAGCAUCUCCAACCCCCUCCUGAACGUCACCAUCCACCUGAAAACCCCCGGGAAGGACUUCCAGCCCCUCUUCAGUGUGACCCCCCCAGGCUGCUUCCGCCAGGGCGGGUGGCAGCUGCAGGUCCGGGGCGGCAUGGCCCAGCUGGUGAUUCCGGAGGUGAGCGACACCCAGGCUGGCUGGUACAGGUGGCAUCUCCAGGGUCUGCAGAGGAAUGUUAAAAACACCACACUGAACGUUUCAGGCACAGAGGCCCCAGACCUGAACCAGGCAGGAAACACGUCCUCCGCCUGUUCCUGCGGCCUGCAGAGGGCGUGCUCGUCCGGGGCCGCGGGCCAGUUCCAGCUGGUGCUUGUCAUCGUCACUGUCAUGCUCAUUCUCCUGGCCACCACCCUGCUAGCCUGGCACCAAAGGCACAGUCCCCUGUACUCGAAGCCCCCACAGGUCUGAGGCCCCGUGCCCAGUCUGUGGGCUGGUGGGGGGCGGGGUGGGGGCCACCCCGGGCCCGUGGCCUCUCACCCAGCGGUGCUGAGGGGAGGGGACUCGGGGCAGAGAACACGUGUCCCUCCCUCAGAGGACACCAGCUGGCCCGGCUAGGUGCCUCCCUCCCAGCCGGGCGCACGGGGUCCCCAAAGCCCUCACGUCCUCCCAGGACACCCUGGUGGGCAGCACAGAGGGGCUCGACUCCCUGCUCUGGGUGACCCAGGACCUGUGGCCCGGUGGGGUGUGUAAGCACAUGUGGCUGGCAGGCGCUGCGUCCCUGUGUCCCUGCCUGCUGGCAAGGUACACCUGCCUGGCCCUUCAGCCCCAAGGGCCCCCUCCCUGCCCCGAGGAGGGUGGGGCGGAGGGCGGGCGCAGGCUCUUCUCCACCUGGGCCUUCAGCAGCUCUUGUGGCUCCCCGACUCUGUGGUCAAAAAUGGGAAAAUCUCGGGGCGCUUGGGGGGCUCAGUCGGUUGGGUGGCCAACAUCGGCUCAGCUCAUGAUCUCGUGGUCCAUGAGUUCGAGC